AUGGCUUCUCAGGCUACACACACUCUUCCUCCCCUUCCCUAUGCCUAUGAUGUAAGCUACACCCCAGCACCCGAUAGACAGACAGCCCUCAUCGUCGAUACUAACAACCCUCAGGCACUGGAACCCGUGAUCUCCAAGCAAAUCAUGGAGCUGCACCACCAAAAGCAUCAUCAGACAUACAUCAACAACCUUAACGCAGCCCUCUCCGCUCAAUCCUCUGCAACCCAGUCCAACAACGUCCCGUCUCUGAUUGCAUUGCAGCAAAAGAUCCGAUUCAACGGCGGUGGUCAUAUCAACCAUUCUCUCUUCUGGAAGAACCUGACUCCCCCAGGCACACCUGGAACUGACAUUGGCGGUGCGCCUGCUCUGCGCGAAGCCAUUCUCGCUCGCUGGGGCUCGCAUGAGCAGUUUAUCAAGGCGUUUAACGCUGAGCUGCUGGGUAUCCAGGGUAGUGGGUGGGGAUGGCUGGUGAGCAAGGGUGGUGCCAAGGGACGACUUGAUAUCGUUACGACCAAGGAUCAGGACCCUGUCAAUGCGCCCGAUGUGCCGGUCUUUGGUGUGGAUAUGUGGGAGCAUGCUUAUUACCUGCAGUAUCUGAGCAACAAGGCGGGCUAUGUCGAGGGAAUUUGGAAAAUCAUUAACUGGGCAGAGGCGGAGAAACGAUACACUGCUGGCGUGGAGAACCCGCUGAAGCUGUGA